AUUACCGCCAUAGUAUAUGUCCCCAAAAUGUUGUUUUACUCAUUUUUCAAGUCCCUGGUUGGAAAAGAAGUGAUCGUGGAACUGAAGAAUGAUCUCAGUGUACAUGGAACAUUAGACUCGGUCGAUCAGUUUCUAAACAUCAAAUUAACAGAUAUAAGCCUGACAGACCCAGACAAGUAUCCUCACAUGUUGUCAGUUAAAAACUGCUUCAUUAGGGGAUCUGUAGUGAGAUAUGUGCAACUCCCAGCAGAAGAAGUUGAUACAUCACUGUUACAAGAUGCCACCAGAAAGGAAGCAGCCCAAAGCAAGGCCUGAAAACAAACUGAACUAACAAAAAAGUCUAUGUAGGAAACCCUUUCAAAGGAAAAAACUGUAAAAAUAUAUGUAGGCUUUGUAAGCAGACACAUUUUUUCAGUACCAUGAAUUUAGUGACUUAGGCAUUUUAGUUCAUUACAACUCAAUACUAAGUGCUUUUAUCGGAUUUGAACAGUGAACUAAUUCUCAGUUCAAAGACCUCACAUACCACAAUGCUACUGUAAUGGACUUAUUGACAUUGCCUAUAACCUGUUCAAGAAAAACUAUUUUUGGAUGUUACUUUCAUCACUCAACAACUGCAAAUCUGACAACCAGGGGAAUAGUAUGUUUACAGGCUUCCUAAACAGGACACCAGACCAGUCAAGAAAGAAAACAAUAAACAUUUUUGUUUUGUAUAUAGUAA